AUGGGUUGCGGGCCUUCGAAACCGGCGGAAGACCGCGAUGCCAGCAAUCGCAGCGCGGCCAUCGAUGCUCAGCUUAGGAAGGAUCGAAGUAACGCCAGGAAGGAAAUCAAAAUUCUACUCCUUGGUGCCGGAGAAUCCGGUAAAUCUACACUGGUCAAGCAAAUGAAAUGUUUAUGGGACCAACCCUACACUCAAGCCGAACGAGAAAGCUAUCGUGAAGUAAUCUUCGCCAACACCAUCACUUCCAUUCAGGUCGUACUCGACGCCCUUCCCGCUCUUCAACAUAUCACAAUUCCUGCCGAGCAGGGCGACGCCGAACGGAUCGAUCUUCUACUUACUCUCCCGCCCGAUUCCCACGAUAGACCCUGUCUGGACCCCAAGGUGGCUGACGCGAUCUGUCAACUCUGGUCUCGCCCAGGGCUCAAACAAGCCGUCGCACUCAGCCAUUUAUAUCAGCUCAACGAUUCCGCCUCAUACUAUUUUGACAACAUUGUCCGUAUCGCGCAGCCGGGCUACAUUCCCACAGAACAAGACAUCGUUCGAUCGCGAGUCAAAUCCACCGGUAUCUCCGAGAGCAAAUUUCACGUUGGCCAGCUGAUAUGGAAAGUCUUUGACGUGGGUGGACAGCGGUCCGAGCGUAAGAAAUGGAUUCAUUGCUUUGAGAACGUGAAUGUUCUGAUUUUCUUUGUGGCCAUCAAUGAAUACGACCAGGUACUCUAUGAAGACGAGUGUGUAAAUCGGAUGUCAGAAGCUGCUACGCUGUUUGACUCGAUCUGCAACUCUCAGUGGUUUCGCCAGACCCAAAUGAUCCUCUUCUUCAACAAGAUAGAUCUCUUCAAAGCCAAACUGCUGACUUCACCACUCUCGGUCCGGUUUCCUGACUACGACGGUGACAACUCUUACGAAUCCGCGGCUAAGUUCAUCCACCGGAAUAUCUUGCAGUUGUGUCGAGACCCAAACAAGGACAUUAUCACCCACUUCACCUGUGCCACCGAUUCACAGCAGAUAUCCGUUGUUCUAGCCGGAGUUCAGGAAUCAAUCCUCAGGAAAAAUCUGGCAGCUGCCGGUUAUGUCUGA